CUAAUUAUAUAAAAAAUUAAAAAAAACUUGACUAAAAGUAUAUUUUGAAAUUAAUAAUAAAUAAAAAUAUUAAAUGAAUAGUAUUGCAGAAGCUUGUAAUAAUCUUAAAAAAGAAUAUGACGGAUGCUUUAAGCUUUGGUUUUCCGAAAAAUUUCUUAAAGGAGAUUUAGAUGAUUCAAUGUGCUCAAAUCAUUUCAAAUUGUAUAAUCAAUGUCUUCAGCAAGCAAUGAAAGAUCAAAACAUAAAUUUGGAUGAAAUAAAUAUAGCUCAUUUAGGAACAGAACAAGAAAAGAAAACUGAAAAUUGACAAUUAUGUUUUUAAUAAUAAUUUUGAAUUCUUUAACAGAAUUUUUUUUUAUAUUUUAUUAUAAAAA